AUGAUCAAUUUACUCUGGAUUACUCUGUCGCGUCAACGUGGUCCAUGUGGUAUCGGUCAUAAUUAUACCCGCGCGAUCGUGGUGGCCAAAGCAAAGCUGGACAAAGAUCAAAAGUGCAAGAGCAUCGUAACACCGCGUGGAACACUGCAAGGUCGUUUAGUUCAUCAACUCCACGAGUCUGCAGGUGUCCCUCUUGGUUCCUGUGGCAUCCCGGAAGUCAAGAAGUUCCAAGCUGCUCUUCCUGAUUAUCAACUCAACGUGAUCUCCAAGGGACAUUUAAACGCUAUGAUUUAUUCCGGUCCUGAAGCAGACAAGUGUUUAUACCUGUACCAUAUAUUCUGAUGACCAUUAUGACGUGAUCACCAGCAUGCCUGCCUUCCUCGCCCGUAUUGUCAUAAGUGCAAGAAAGGAUUCGAUAAAAUUACUGACCACCCUUGUGGCGAUCUGUGCAAGCUGUGUAAUACCCAGAACUGUUCCCUGGUUGAAUGGAAAUUUUACAAAGACUGUAACCGGUUCUUUAAGAGCGAAGCGUGUUUCAGUCGUCAUAAAGAUGACGCCGGUUCUGCCAAAUCCCUAUGUCGUGCUUUAAUUAAAUGCAAGAAAUGUCAACGUGUUGUUACUCGUGCCAUCGUCGUGAUCAUCAUUGUGGAAGAAUGGGCGGUACAUCGCUGACUACGCCGCAAAAGAAGGUCUUCAGUUGGAUCCAAAACAGAUUGUCAAGAAUCCUGGUCUGAGGGCGUUGACCAAGCUCAUGUUGAAUUCUUUUUGAGGUAGGGGCAAAUGCAAAUUGUCCACUAACAGUACUUGUUUUUCUAGGGAAAUUCAAGAAACGAGUUUAUGUUAAAAACCUAUCAUUUCUUGUAGAAAAGUUUGUGCAUCGGCCCAACAUGACCAAGAUCAAAAUCAUAUCGGAUCCAGCCGAAUACUUUGACCUCCUAUCCAGCGACCAGACUAACGUCACAGACGAGAACUUCAUCAACGACGAGUUCAUCGAAGUCCAUUUUGAAAACGUCGACGAAUUCGUGGAAUCCAACGUAAAGACGAAUGUGGUCAUCGCCGCGUUCACCACAGCCCACGCCCGCCUCAAAGUCUGUGGUGUCCAGCUGGAGCAAUUAAAUCGCCGAGUCUUGUAUUUUGACACAGAUUCAGUAAUCUAUGUUUCAAAGAAAGGCGAAUGGGAGCCGCCGACGGGAUCCUAUCUUGGUGAACUAGCAGAUGAAUUGGAUGGAGCUCACAUUACCACCUUUGGGUCUGGAGGUCCUAAAAACUAA